ACUCAAUUCUUUGAACUUUCAUCUUUCUGCUUUCUCCAUUGAUGCUUCUGAGAAUGGUGUCCAAAUAAUCGCAGUUUAGGGGAAUAUAUUUCAAUAUUUUUCAACGUGUGCUGACUAUUCUGACUGUUUUAUAGAUUUUAAAUAGCUUAAAUUUAGUUUCGCAGUUUAGAAAUGUCUGUGCAAUCGUCAAUAACUGAGUUUUUCGCAACUCGCAAACGUCCAGCUAUCGACGAUGCCAAAAGAAGUUCACAGCCUAGUAAAAAAGUGAUGAUUCUGGAAAAUGAUGAAGGCGACGUGUCAGUAAGGAAAAUUAGUGACCAAAGGCGAAAUUCAGCAAAAAAUCCAUCUGCUCGCCGAAGACUCAUCUAUCCAAACAGUGUGGUGUCAGCGAGUGAAGCAAAUGUCACCAAGAAAAAAGUAUUGAAGCGUGUUCUAUUUGACAAGAAGAUUAGCAGUUCUCCGCAAUCCGACAUCAGAAAAACAUUUGGAGUGCUGAAUGGAAAAUCUAAUUCAACUUCUUCAACAUUGAAAACCAAAGAGACAAGUGAAAACUCCAAGAAUGAGGUUGUCAUUGGAAAAACUGAAUUUGUAACAUGUACCGCAGAAACGACUGAAGUAAAAGAAAAUCCGGUCGAACAAAUUGUGGAGGAAAAUUUAACAGUUGAAGUAGCAGAGCCACCGACAGAAAUCGUUCAAGUUGAAAGUUCGGUUGUUGAAACAUCUUCAGUUGGUGAUGAAAAAUCUGUUGAUGGUGACAAAUCUUCUGGUUCCAAAGAAAAUGCUCCAGUGGCGAAAUCUGUUCCAGUGGUUGAAGGAUCUAAAACUCCCAGUGCUACAGCUCUCAAGAAAAGCUCAAGAAUUAAGGACCUAACGAAAUUGCAAGCGAAAUUGCGUGAUGGAUAUGCUAAGUUGGAUAAAAUUCAAAAAGAAAAGAAAGUUCAACUUGAUAGAUUCGACAUGAUAACUUUUGAAACUUCUAUUCCCAGUCCGUCGAAGAAGACGCCGAUCAAGAUGGGCAUGUCGCCGGCAAAACUGCGCGAAGCGGCGUUCGGGAGUCCGGGAGGCGGCCGAAGGCGGUUGGACAUGGAUAGCUCUGCCGCCCCUCCCGCCUUCGUCAGUCCGCGCAAACUGCUGGAGGCAGUUCCGCCUCCGUCUCCGCGGCAGCAGCCGCCCGCCAGUCCGCUCAAAUCACCACUGAAAUCGCCCGCCUUCCAGCGAUAUCAGGCGCUCGUGUCCGAAGGCAAGAGUGCGCUCACUUUACCCUUCAAGUACAGAUCUCUGGCGGAAGUUUUCCGCGCAAUAGAAACAGUGGUCUCAAUGCUGGAGAAACGGCAGGAGUCGACCACAUUCACCAAGCUGAAAACAUCGGUGCAGGAAUUGUUGCGUCGCAACCUGUUCGAAAAACAUCUGGCUCAGAUCAAGGCGGUGAACGAUGCCUUCUACACGUUCCAUUACGAGAAAGUGCACUCGGUGGGUGCCAACAAACUGCAGCCUGACAGGUAUGAAUUGGUGGUAAAACCAGUGCUCGCCGCGCACCAGAUGAGCCCCGACGUGCUGUUAGAGCGACGCCGCCAGUUCUACGCAUGUCUGCUGGAACGCACCAAGACGCAUCACGAGGCGUUUCUGGCCGCCCUAGACCCGCCGCUGGUUGUCGCGCGACAGUCGCUCACGCGCUGGCAUCCCGAGUUCGACAUCGACGCCGUGCCUGACAUAGAGGCGGCCGCUUUGCCGCUACCGCCGUCCGCCGCUAAAGUGUCUACCGCUAGGGAUGUGCUCGAAAAAGCGCGCAACCUCUUCACGUCGAACCCACGCAUGGAGCGUGCACUGCAGCGCGUGAGCGAGCAGAGCGCUCUGGCGGCUGUGACGGCAACUAAUGGAAGCGGCAACACUGCUCCAGUGGCAACUAGUAACGGCAACACUGAACCAGCGGCAACUAAUGGCGGUAACACUGCUCCAGCGGUGGCUGCCCUCACCACUGCCCUUAAGGGCAUUCCCAAGUCGCUGCUCGAAAAGGUCAGAUAUUUGCCCUUACUGUUUGUAAAUAGUUGAAAGGUAUACCUAAAG